AUGGCUAGGCCUUUGCUGAAGAUCCAGCGCUACUUCCGGAGGAAACCUGUGCGCUUCUUCUCCUUCAUCCUCCUCUACCUGACAGCCGGGAGCCUAGUGUUCCUGCACUCUGGCUUCGUAGGGGACAGCUCCACGGGGGCCAAUGGGGGACGGGACCCCCUGGUGGCAUCUGAGAUGGGGAACAGGGCAGCCUCCUCAGACGGCCGGCGGGUAGGGAUGAUGGGGAGGGUGUUCAAGGAGAACCGCAGACCCACCCCGCGGAGGUACAGCCCUCCCUGGAUGAAAGGAGCUGCUGGGAAGGACAGCCAUGACUGGAGGGCCCGGGGAGGAGACUACACCAGCAGCUGGAACCGCGCCCUCAAAGGACGCAACGCCAAAGAUCUUGACGACGGACGGGGUGAGUUAACAGUUUAUGUCGAGAUGUACUAGCUGGACAGUACCUACAUGGUUUGUGCUGUUAGUACUCUUAACUUGAUUUUAUACAUAACAAUCAGUAUCUCAUAAAAACACCUCUGACUACAGUUUUUUUUUUUAUAUAUAAAAAAUAACAGGUUUAUAGACCGACUGAAGAAAUAAACAGCCUGAAGAAAUAAACUGUCAGUUUUAGUGACUAUCAUACCUAAAUUCACCUUGAGUAUUCGCAUUAUGAAAGAUAUUCCACUAUACACACAGACACAUAGGCACAUACACAUUCACACUCAGUGUUGCUCAAGGUUAAUGUGCCUGGAUAUUGUGACUAUAUAUUUAAGAGGUAAUUGGCACUUCAGGUGAUGCCUCUCCAGAGAGAUGAAGAGCCUUUGUGAACAGAGUGUCUCCUCUCUCUCUCCCAGGGAGAUCUAGAACUUAGUUAGUUAAAUGGUCCCACCCACCCUGGUCCUCCUUAGCCACAGUCAGUCAAUACCCACCAGCAGGCCAUUAAGCAUGAUUAUGCGGGGGGAUAUUAAGAACGUACUGAUUCGUCUCACAGUGAUAGCAGGUUUUCCCCAUAUUUUAUUAUGUACGUUUACCCAUAUCAUAGAGCUAUCCCUAGCAACUCCGUGUGUGACAUUGUAAAUAUUUACUAGAUUCCCAGAUGCCACAGACAAGUGACUUGGAACCAAACCACAAAAUCUCUGGGAAAAAAAUAGAAAAAAGCUAAUUUGAGGAUUGUCUCCAUACCUGCCCAUUAGGCUAAUCCAGCCUGAUGUUUGAAGGGCUCCAACUCCCAACAGAAGGUUUCUAAGCAUAGAUCUUUGGUAAAAUCCUGCACCGCUCGUUUUCAUGGGCCACAUGUAGCAUGUCCAUGGCAAUUAACCUUUCCCAAAAAGAGCUGGCUUGAGCUCCAGUAAAGUGAUGGAGAUGAAUUUAGCCUGGGACUCCGCAUGGCUGGCAGCUGUGAGCAGCUGGUACUGCCAGGAGAGCCCAGCACAGCGCAGAACCGUGCCCUGAUUCCCUCACAUCUAAUCAUGUUAUCCUCCGCAUUGAUCUUUACACUUCCCAUACUGGACGAUAAAGUAUAUAGUAGAAUUUAUACCAGAGGGCAGUAGUUUACUGUAUAAUCAUAGAAAUAUAAUAUUAUCCUUCAUAGUACGAGGAUAACUAGCUACAUAUAGUAAGCCUAUGCAUUAGAGACAUAUGUAUUACAAGCACAAGCACUUCCUGAUUGGAAUUGAUUUGCACAGUGAUUCUUUUUGUGGCAUUCGGAUUGAGAGAAGCACAAACAUGCUUUACAUAGUACAUGUAUUAUAGCUGGGGAUUAAAAGAUCUCUACAUAGUAUGUAUUAUAAUAAUAAUAAUAAUAAUUUGGUGUGUGCUUAUGUUUGUCCUAUUUCACUCAUGUACAUAAUGUCACUUUUUUUACAUAUUACAACUCCCCUGAGACACCUUCGGAGAGUGGGGUCACAAACAGGCUCAGCCAUUAUCAACGGCGACGCUGGAGCAAUUAGAGUUAAAUGACUUGCUCAAGGGCACAUCGACACAUUUUUCACAGUGUCUCUGGGAUUAGAACUAGCGGCCUUUCUAUUACUGGCACAACCCUCUAACAGCUAGGCUACCUGCCGCCGUAAUUAGUGCUUUCCCCUUCAUCCAUGACUCCUCUGUCCCACAGCGCCAGGCCCUUGUCAUGUUCUCUUCAAGAGCAGCCACACGCAACCUGCUCCCCACCGUACACACAUGCAUGCACGAGCACACACGCACGCGCACACACACACACACACACAGAGAAAACACACACACACUGUCUGAAAGAAACAUUACGCAAAUACUGUGGUCCCCAUGUCUCCAACCACCUCAUCUACCCUAUUUUAAGGAAUAAUCCAGCAAGUGUAUUGUUGUUAUCCAGUACAGAUGAAUGUUAUGUGUUGACAUCCCUCAUGAGGCCAGAGCAUUACUGUACAUAUAACAAGAUUAUAUGAUCAGAUAAUAACAUGAUAGGAGAGUGGAGACAGUAAGCUCAUACUGUGGCUUCAAACUCAGAGAGGCAGAUUGUUUCUAAAAUGUCUGUGAUUUUGUUUGUGAAAUCGAGAGGAAAAAACACAGCUGAUUGAAAUGGAACCCCUAUCCAUCACUUGUCAGCACCAGAUCUUCUGAUACAACUAUAAGGUGGCUGAAUGAUUGCCCUACACUCCUGCCAUACAUCUGCAUACACAUUAUUCGUUCAUACAGUAUAGCGUUCAUAUUUGUGUCUGUUGUCUUCCUGCCACAUGACUGUGCUUACAUCACAACCUGCAUAUACUCCCCUACGUAUUUACAGUAUUUGGACAGUGAAGCUAAAACUAAUUUGGCUCUAUACUCCAGCAAUUUGGAUAAAAAUACAUGUUUCAUAUGAGGCGACAAUACAGACUGUCACCUUUUAGAGGGUAUUUUCAUACAUAUUUGUUUUACCGUUUAGAAAUGAAAGCACUUUAUGUAUGUAGUUCCCCCAUUUGAAGGUGUCAUAAGUAUUUGGACAAAUUCACUUAUAGUGUAUUAAAGUAGUCAGAAGUUGAGUAUUUGGUCCCUACAUCAAGCUUGUGACUAUACAAAGUUGAUGGAUGCAUUUGCAGUUUGUUUUGGUUGUGCUUUUAAUUAUGUUGUGCCCAAUAGAAAUUAAUGGUAAAUAUUGUAUUGUGUCAUUUUGGAGUCACUUCUAUUGUAAAUGUCACGACUUCCUCCGAAGCUGCCACCUCUCCUUGUUCAGGCAGGCUUCGGCGUUUGUGGUCACCGGCCUUCUAGCCACUGCCGCUCCACAUCUCAUCAUUCCAUUGGUUUUGUGUUUAUUACACACACCUGGUUCAUAUCCCCUCAUCAGUACCUGUAUAAGUGUUCCCUCUGCCCCCUUGUCUUUGUGUGUGAUUGUUUAUUGUGGAGGAUAGUGAAGAUCGGUGGAGCGCCGUGUAUUUUGUAUCGCCGGGAUAUUUUCCAGUGUGCCUGUUUUGCGCACUAGAGUGUUUUUACGCAUUUCUGCAUAACUCUGUAAUUGCGGAAUAAAGCCUGUUAUUCUGUGAUGUACCCUCCUGCGCCUGACUCCUUCGACAUUACAGUAAAUAAAAAUCGAAUAUUUUUCUGAACAUUUCUAUAUUAAUGUAGAGCGAUCAAUCAAUAAAAUUGUAUUUGUCACAUGCACCGAAUACAACAGGUGUAGACCUUACCGUGAAAUGCUUACUUACAAGCCCUUAACCAACAAUGCUGUUUUAAUAAAAUAGAGUUAAGAAAAUAUUUACUAAACAAACUAAAGUAACAUUAGUCGAGGUAGUUUGUACAUGUAGGUAGGGGUAAAGUGACUGCAUUGAUAAUAAACAGCGAGUAGCAGCAGUGUAAAAACAAAGGUGGGGGGGUCAAUGCAAAUAGUCUAUAAGUGAAUUUGUCCAAAUACUUAUGACACCUUCAAAUGGAGGGACUAGAUACAUAAAGUGCUUUAAUUUCUAAACGGUAAAACAGAUAUGUAUGAAAAUACUCUCAAAUAAAAGGUGACAUUCUGUACUGUUGCAUCAUAUGAAACAUUGAAUCUCAAAUCCAAAAUGCUGGAAUAUAGAGCCGCGGGGAGUGUAUCUCUGCUUCCCUGAAUGACUGGCUUCUGAUCUGAUUAUUUCAUUUCAUAAACUCAGCACAAAAAAGGAAGGCGGAUGGUCAGCCCCAUUGAAGUGCAGUUCAGUUUAGCUAAAUCACUGCUUCCCUUUGUCCUAAAGCAGAUUAGUGAUCAUGCUCAGUCCGCUCCGCUACUAUGUCUGGGAGGAAGAUUACUGCCCAGGACCUACAGAGCACCACAUGCUGCCGCUCAACCCGCCUUUUAGAUUAUUACAAUCAUUUUAUUUUAUUUUUAUUUCACCUUUAUUUAACCAGGUAAGCCAGUUGAGAACAAGUUCUCAUUUACAACUGCGACCUGGCCAAGAUAAAGCAAAGCAGUGCGAUAAAAACAACAACACAGAGUUACAUAUGGGGUAAAAAAACAUAAAGUCAAAAAAUACAACAGAAAAUAUAUAUAUACAGUGUGUGCAAAUGUAGCAAGUUAUGGAGGUAAGGCAAUAAAUAGGCUAUAGUGCAAAAUAAUUACAAUUACUAUUAACACUGGAAUGCUAGAUGUGCAAGAGAUUAUGUGCAAAUAGAGAUACUGGGGUGCAAAAGAGCAAAAUAAAUAACAAUAUAGGGAUGAGGUAGUUGGGUGUGCUAAUUUCAGAUGGGCUGUGUACAGGUGCAGUGAUCGGUAAGGUGCUCUGACAACUGAUGCUUAAAGUUAGUGAGGGAGAUAAGUCUCCAGCUUCAGAGAUUUUUGCAAUUCGUUCCAGUCAUUGGCAGCAGAGAACUGGAAGGAAUGGCGGCCAAAGGAGGUGUUGGCUUUGGGGAUGACCAGUGAGAUAUACCUGCUGGAGCGCAGACUACGGGUGGGUGCUGCUAUGGUGACCAAUGAGCUAAGAUAAGGCGGGGAUUUGCCUAGCAGUGAUUUAUAGAUGGCCUGGAGCCAGUGGGUUUGACGACGAACAUGUAGUGAGGACCAGCCAACAAGAGCGUACAGGUCACAGUGGUGGGUAGUGUAUGGGGCUUUGGAGACAAAACGGAUGGCACUGUGAUAGACUACAUCCAAUUUGCUGAGUAGAGUGUUGGAGGCUAUUUUGUAAAUGACAUCGCCGAAGUCAAGGAUCGGUAGGAUAGUCAGUUUUACGAGGGCAUGUUUGGCAGCAUGAGUGAAGGAGGCUUUGUUGCGAAAUAGGAAGCUGAUUCUAGAUUUAACUUUGGAUUGGAGAUUCUUAAUGUGAGUCUGGAAGGAGAGUUUACAGUCUAACCAGACACCUAGGUAUUUGUAGUUGUCCACAUACUCUAGGUCAGACCCGUCGAGAGUAGUGAUUCUAGUCGGGUGGGCGGGUGCCAGCAGCGUUCGAUUGAAGAGCAUGCAUUUAGUUUUACUAGUGUUUAAGAGCAGUUGGAGGCUACUGAAGGAGUGUUGUAUGGCAUUGAAGCUCGUUUGGAGGUUUGUUAACACAGUGUCCAAUGAAGGGCCAGAUGUAUACAAAAUGGUGUCGUCUGCGUAGAGGUGGAUCUGAGAGUCACCAGCAGCAAGAGCGACAUCAUUGAUAUACACAGAGAAAAUAGUCGGCCCAAGAAUUGAACCCUGUGGCACCCCCAUAGAGACUGCCAUAGGUCCAGACAACAGGCCCUCCGAUUUGACACAUUGAACUCUAUCUGAGAAGUAGUUGGUGAACCAGGCGAGGCAGUAAUUUGAGAAACCAAGGCUAUUUAGUCUGCCAAUAAGAAUGCGGUGGUUGACAGAGUCGAAAGCCUUGGCCAGGUCGAUGAAGACGGCUGCACAGUACUGUCUAUUAUCGAUCGCGGUUAUAAUAUCGUUUAGGACCUUGAGCGUGGCUGAAGUGCACCCAUGACCAGCUCGGAAACCGGAUUGCAUAGCGGAGAAGGUACGGUGGGAUUCGAAAUGGUCGGUGAUCUGUUUGUUAACUUGGCUUUCAAAUACUUUCGAAAGGCAGGGCAGGAUGGAUAUAGGUCUGUAACAGUUUGGAUCUAGAGUGUCACCCCCUUUGAAGAGGGGGAUGACCGCGGCAGCUUUCCAAUCUCUGGGGAUCUCAGACGUUAUGAAAGAGAGGUUGAACAGGCUAGUAAUAGGGGUUGCGACAAUUUUGGCGGCUAGUUUUAGAAAGAAAGGGUCCAGAUUGUCUAGCCCAGCUGAUUUGUAGGGGUCCAGAUUUUGCAGCUCUUUCAGAACAUCAGCUGUCUACAUUUGUGUGAAGGAGAAGCGGGGGGGGGGGGGGGGGGGGGGGGGGGGGGGGGGCAUGGGCAAGUUGCAGCGGAGGGUACAGAGUUGGUGGCCGGGGUAGUGGUAGCCAGGUGGAAAGCAUGGCAAAAUGCUUGUUGAAAUUCUCGAUUAUUGUAGAUUUAUCGGUGGUGAUAGUGUUUCCUAGCCUCAGUGCAGUGGGCAGCUGGGAGGAAGUGCUCUUAUUCUCCAUGGACUUUACAGUGUCCCAAAACGUUUUGGAGUUAGUGCUACAGGAUGCACAUUUCUGUUUGAAAAAGUUAGCCUUUGCUUUCCUGACUGCUUGUGUAUACAGGUUCCUAACUUCCCUGAAAAGUUGCAUAUCGCGGGGGCUAUUUGAUGCUAAUGCAAUACGCCACAGGAUGUUUUUGUGCUGGUCAAGGGCAGUCAAGUCUGAGGAGAACCAGGGGCUAUAUCUGUUCUUAGUUCUGUAUUUUUUGAAUGGGGCAUGUUUAUUUAAGAUUGAGAGGAAAUUACUUUUAAAGAACAACCAGGCAUCCUCUACUGACGGAAUGAGAUCUAUAUCCAUCCAGGAUACCUGGGCCAGGUCAAUUAGGAAGGCCUGCUCGCUAAAGUGUUUUAGGGAGCGUUUGACAGUGAUGAGGGGUGGUCGUUUGACCACGGACCCGUUACGGACGCAGGCAAUAAGGCAGUGAUCGCUGAGAUCCUGGUUGAAGACAGCGGAGGUGUAUUUAGAGGUAAUGUAAUGUGAUGUGGUGGUUUAAUGUGGUGGUUUAGAAUGUGCAUUGUGCAACCAUCUCCCCCCUCCCCCAUUUGGAGAUUGCAGGGGACAGCUGGUGUAGGUUUGGGAUUGGUCUAUCCAUCAUGCUACCUCACAGACAGAGCAGGAAGUAAGGGUGGAAGGAUCAGCCAGUCCCACUGCAGAAUGACAUUACCAGCCUUUCCUCCCUCCCCCCUCCCUACCUCGGUCCCUACCUACUCACUUUGAAUAAGUCAGGAAGUGUAUUGAGUGCCGUUGCAGUAACAGGCCACUAGAAGGGGUUGUGUGUCUUUAUUAUUAAAUAAACAUGCCCGUCUGGUGUUGAUUCCUUGAGCAGCAGCGUUGCCCUCAAUAUGUCUUCACUGUAUGGAGCAGAUUGAUGAUCAUGUUGGAUUUGACUUUAAAGUUAUUUUACUAAUAUACAGAAUGUCUCUACAGAAUUUUUGCUACAAUAUUUUUUUCUGUUAAAUCUAUAAUUUACCAUGACUGUAUUAAUAAGCAAUUACCAUUGGAAAUAACUUGUUAAACGCCAAUUUUUCUUCGUGUUCUACCCAAAACUGUAUUAUUGCCUCUCUCCCUUGUCUCCCAUAAUAUUGCUCUGCUUGAAUUGUGCAUUUUUGAUUUGUUAUGAGAAAUGUUUUGUUCUUCUCUCUUAAAGCGAAUUACAUCGGCUGCUAUAUCGACGACACUGCGAAAAGAGCACUCAGGGGAGUGUCCUUUUUUGACUACAAGAAAAUGACGGUCUUCCGUUGCCAGGACAACUGUGCUGAAAGGUAGGCCUGGGAAUAUAAAAACUAACAAACACAGGAUGGGAGUGAGGAGUAAAGGUUGUAUGCCUGAGUGUAGAUUAACAUGUCUGGCAGGAUGAGAUUAGUCCUGCAUGUCUAAGGAAUGUAGGGCCUUGUGCCAGCUGUCAUACAUAGUCUCACACCCUCUCCCUCUCUCUCUUUUCUCCUUCACAUUAGCUCCAUAGCUCUCGAUAACUGUACUGUCCAUACCUUUUCCACAUUAUUUCUCUCUAUCUCUUUCUCUCUCUCGUUCUCUUUCUUUCUGGCUCUCUUUCUCUCUCUUUCGCUCGCUCUCUUUCUCUCUCUCUUUCGGUCUCUUUCACUCUCUCUUUCUCUCUUACUGUCUCUCUUUCGCUUUCUCUCGGUCUCUCUGUCUCUCUCUCUCUGUCUCUCUCUCUCUCUCUCUCUCUCUCUCUCUUUCUCUCUCUCUUUGCCUGCCUCUUUCCUACUUAUAUCAUUUUCUUCAUAUCAUCUCUUUCUCCCGCUUCGCCUUGCCUCCCCCUCUCCCUCUCGCUCCCUAUGGACGUCUCAGCCCAACGGCUCAGCCCAACACCCACCGCUGACUCACAGGAGAGGAGAGAAAGAGUGGAGGAGAUUAUAUAUAUAUAUAUACAGUACCAGUCAAAAGUUAGGACACACCUACUCAUUCAAGGGUUUUCUUUAUUUUUUACUAUUUUCUACAUUGUAGAAUAAUAGUGAAGACAUCAAAACUAUGAAAUAACACAUAUGGAAUCAUGUAGUAACCAAAAAAGUGUUAAACAAAUCAAAAUAUAUUUUAUAUUUGAGAUUCUUCAAAUACCCACCCUUUGCCUUGAUGACAGCUUUGCACACUCUUGGCAUUCUCUCAACCAGCUUCACCUGGAAUGCUUUUCCAACAGUGUUGAAGGAGUUCCCACAUAUGCUGAGCACUUGUUGGCUGCUUUUCCUUCACUCUGCCGUCCGACUCAUCCCAAACCAUCUCAAUUGGGUUGAGGUCGGGGUAUUGUGGAAGCCAGGUCAUCUGAUGGAGCACUCCAUCACUCUCCUUCUUGGUCAAAUAGCCCUUACACAGCCUGGAGGUGUGUUGGGUCAUUGUCCUAUUGAAAACCAAAUGACAGUCCCACUAAGCCGAAACCAGAUGGGAUGGCGUAUCGCUGCAGAAUGCUGUGGUAGCCAUGCUGGUUAAGUGUGCCUUGAAUUCUAAAUAAAUCACAGACAGUGUCACCAGCAAAGCACCCCCACACCAUAACACCUCCUCCUCCAUGCUUUACGGUGGGAAAUACACAUGCAGAGAUCAUCCGUUCACCCACACCGCAUCUCACAAAGACACAGCGGUUGGAACCAAAAAUCUAAAAUUUGGACUCCAGACCAAAGGACAAAUUUCCACCCGUCUAAUGUCCAUUGCUCGUGUUUCUUGGCCCAAGCAAGUCUCUUCUUCUUAUUGGUGUCCUUUAGUAGUGGUUUCUUUGCAACAAAUCGACCAUGAAGGCCUGAUUCACACAGUCUCCUCUGAACAGUUGAUGUUGAGAUGUGUCUGUUACUUGAACUCUGUGAAGUAUUUAUUUGGGCUGCAAUUUCUAAGGCUGGUAACUCUAAUGAACUUAUCCUCUGCAGCAGAGGUAACUCUGGGUCUUCCAUUCCUGUGGCGGUCCUCAUGAGAGCCAGUUGUAUCAUAGCGCUUGAUGGUUUUUGCGACUGCACUUGAAGAAACUUUCAAAGUUCUUGUAAUGUUCCGUAUUGACUGAUCUUCAUGUCUUAAACUAAUGAUGGACUGUCGUUUCUCUUUGCUUAUUUGAGAUGUUCUGGCCAUAAUAUGGACUUGGUCUUUUACCAAAUAGGGCUAUCAUCUGUAUACCCCCCCAUAUCUUGUCACAACACAACUGAUUUGCUCAAACGCAUUAAGAAGGAAAUAAAUGUCUCAAAGCUGUGCAAAGCUCUUAGAGACUUACCCAGAAAUACUCACAGCUGUACUCGCUGCCUAAGGUGAUUCUAACAUGUAUUGACUCAGAGGUGUGAAUACUUAUGUAAGUAAGAUAUUUCUGUAUUUAAUUUUCAAUAAAUUAGCAAACAUUUCUAAAAACAUGUUUUCACUUUGUCAUUAUGGGGUAUUGUGUUUAGAUGGGUGAGAAAAACAUAUAUUUAAUCCAUUUGAAUUCAGGCUGUAACACAACAAAAUGUGGAAUAAGUCAAUGGGUGUGAAUAGUUUCUGAAGGCACUGUACAGACAUAUCAAUGAAGCAGAGAAGUGCACCAUGGUGACUAGCUAGCUUUCCUUGAUUGGCAGUCUGUAUGAUUUCUUCAGGGUAAAGGCUGUGUUGUGCUGGCCAUCUAUUGGCACUAUGAAGGCAUCUCAGGAGUCAAGUGUGCAUCCCUCAUGUGCCACUGCCAGGUUACUGUUCCCCAGGGAGUGUACAGGCCUUGUGUGUUUGAUGGAUAGAGCCUUCCAGAAUACUGUACUGUGUAUGGACUCAUAAUCAGCAUCACCCGAAAAACAAGCUCUGGUGUCUUGGUGCAGUAUUAAUGCACACACUCUCUCUCUGAUUCUGACCUUGUCCACCCAGAGAGCUCUCUUCAUCUUGGAGAGGGCGAGUGAGGUUACUGCUGGUUACCCAACUGAAUGUCUAUGAGUCAUUCACCCUAUUAGUGGACUGACUCUGUAUAGAGCACUGCUGAGAGAGAGGGUCAUGCGCGUCUUGCAGUUGCAUGCAUAAUCGAGUUACAAUCUUUUCUUUCUGUUAACAGUAUUUUUAGCCCCAAUCAAUCUGGUUUUAGAUCUAAACACAGUACCACAUCGGCCACUAUGCUUGUUGUAAAUGAUAUUGCAAAUGCCUUAGAUGAUGGAAAGCACUGUGCUGCGUUGUUUGUAGAUUUGUCAAAAGCUUUUGACACUGUAGACCAUGCUAUCCUUUUGAGUAAGCUGUCAUCUAUAGGACUGGGCACUGAUGCCUGUCGAUGGUUUUAUGACUAUUUUAAAGAUAGAACUCAGGCCGUCAUGGUCGACGGGGUCAAGUCUGACCCCUUACAGUUACUUAAAGGGGUCCCUCAGGGUUCAAUAAUUGGCCCACUAUUGUUCUCACUUUAUAUAAACAACAUUGGUGAUGAUGUCAGAUAUUGUAAAUUCCAUUUAUAUGCAGAUGACACAGUGAUGUACUCUAUUGCUCCAACAGCGGACCAAGCUUUAAUGCAGUUGAGUCUGAUUUUAGGAUACUACAGCGGUCUCUUUUAUAGCUUAAACUUGUUUUAAACGCAAAGAAAACAAAAUUCUCAAUUAGAAACACUUUUGUAAUCACUAGCUUGGAUGGUACUCAAAUCAAACAGGUCUCUGCAAAUAAAUACUUAGGGGUAUGGUUAGAUGAUAGGCUUUCUUUUAAAAAACAUGUUACUGAAUUGGGAAAAAAAGAUCAAAUUCAAGAUAGGGUUCCUUUACAGAAACAGGGCUUGUCUGUCCUCCGUAAAUAGAAAACAAAUUGUGCAGGCUACUUUUAUGUCCGUUUUAGAUUAUGGUGAUAUUAUCUAUAUGCAUGCAUCGGCAAACACAUUAAAACCACUGGAUGCUAUUUACCAUUGUGCACUCAGGUUUAUCACAGGUGAUAGUUACAAAACUCAUCACUGUUUCCUAUAUCAACAUGUGGGUUGGGCCUCUCUAUCUGUGAGGCGAGAGCAACAUGCUCUCUUGUUUAUUUAUAAAGCACUUCUUUUAAAACUACCUCCAUAUAUAUCAUCAUUAAUUUCCACUAGAUAUACUAAUUUUAAAACCAGAUCACAGAUGUGGAUUACAUUAGAGACUUCUGUGGUCUCCACAGAGUUGGGUAGGACUGCCUUCAGUUCCUUUGCACCUUAUUUAUGGAACAAACUGCAGAUCCAACUUAAGUUAGACACUCUGGUGUCCCUUGCCCAUUUUAAAAAUGUUAUGGAGGAUCAAUAUGAUGUUGUCUGUGAUUGUUUCUGUUGAAUUGUGUUUUUUGUUUUGUAUGUUUGAAAUGUUCUUGUCUGUAUGUCUAAAACUGUACAUGUCAACAUGUUUACACAGGGCACAGCCGUAAAAGAGAUCCAGGUCUCAGUCUGUUUUUCCCUGUUAAAAUAAAGAUUAAAAAUAAAUAAAAAUAAAAGGUCAGGGCCCCUGGGCACGUGACCUGCAUGCCCAGUCGGUGUCUGACAAGGCUAAUUGCGUGACUGUCAGUGACUGACAUAAGAAGAGAAAAACAGCUGAUGCACUACCAAAUUUAGAAAUUGCAACUGGUGUAUUCUUAUAUUCUUACUCUCAAUAGUAAGUUCCAAUAUAUAUAUAUAUAUAUAUAUAUAUAUAUAUAAUAUAUAUAUAUAUAUAUAAGAGCGAGAGAGAAAGAGAGCGAGACAGAGAGAGCGAGAGAGAGAGCGAGAGAAGAGAGAAGAGAGAGAAGAACGGAGAGAGAGAGCGAGCUAUAGAGAGCGAGCUGCCGCUCUCGCUCUCUCUUCGCGCGGCUCUCUUCUCCGAGAGCUCUCGCUCCUCUCUCUCGUCAUCUCUCUAUGAGAGCUCCUCGAGCUCGCGACUCUGGAUCUGAGAGAGAGAGCUCGAGAGAGAGAGAGAGAGUACCAGUCAAAAGUUUGGACACACCUACUAAUUUCUCUUUGCUUAUUUGAGCUGUUCUUGCCAUAAAUAUAGACUUGGUCUUUUACCAAAUAGGGCUUCAAAGCUGUCAUCAAGGCAAAGGUUGGCUACUUUGAAGAAUGUCAAAUAUAAAAUAUAUAUUGAUUUGUUUAACACUUUUUUGGUUACUACAUGAUUCCAUACGUGUUAUUUCAUAGUUUUGAUGUCUUCACUAUUAUUCUACAAUGUAGAAAAUAGUUUAAAAAAAAGAAAAACCCUUGAAUGAGUAGGUGUGUCCAAACUUUUGACUGGUAGUGUAUAUAUAUAUAUAUAUAUAUAUAUAUAUAUAUAUAUAUAUACAGUGGGGAAAAAAAGUAUUUAGUCAGCCACCAAUUGUGCAAGUUCUCCCACUUAAAAAGAUGAGAGAGGCCUGUAAUUUUCAUCAUAGGUACACGUCAACUAUGACAGACAAAAUGAGAAAGAAAAAUCCAGAAAAUCACAUUGUAGGAUUUUUAAUGAAUUUAUUUGCAAAUUAUGCUGGAAAAUAAGUUUUUGGUCAAUAACAAAAGUUACUCAAUACUUUGUUAUAUACCCUUUGUUGGCAAUGACACAGGUCAAAUGUUUCUGUAAGUCUUCACAAGGUUUUCACACACUGUUGCUGGUAUUUUGGCGCAUUCCUCCAUGCAGAUCUCCUCUAGAGCAGUGAUGUUUUGGGGCUGUCGCUGGGCAACACGGACUUUCAACUCCCUCCAAAGAUUUUCUAUGGGGUUGAGAUCUGGAGACUGGCUAGGCCACUCCAGGACCUUGAAAUGCUUCUUACGAAGCCACUCCUUCGUUGCCCGGGCAGUGUGUUUGGGAUCAUUGUCAUGCUGAAAUACCCAGCCAUGUUUCAUCUUUAAUGCCCUUGCUGAUGGAAGGAGGUUUUCACUCAAAAUGUCACGAUACAUGGCCCCAUUCAUUCUUUCCUUUACACGGAUCAGUCGUCCUGGUCCCUUUGCAGAAAAACAGCCCCAAAGCAUGAUGUUUCCACCCCCAUGCUUCACAGUAGGUAUGGUGUUCUUUGGAUGCAACUCAGCAUUCUUUGUCCUCCAAACACGACAAGUUGAGUUUUUACCAAAAAGUUAUAUUUUGGUUUCAUCUGACCAUAUGACAUUCUCCCAAUCCUCUUCUGGAUCAUCCAAAUGCACUCUAGCAAUCUUCAGACGGGCCUGGACAUGUACUGGCUUAAGCAGGGGGACACGUCUGGCACUGCAGAAUUUGAUUCCCUGGCGGCGUAGUGUGUUACUGAUGGUAAGCUUUGUUACUUUGGUCCCAGCUCUCUGCAGGUCAUUCACUAGGUCCCCCCAUGUGGUUCUGGGAUUUUUGCUCACCGUUCUUGUGAUGAUUUUGACCCCACGUGGUGAGAUGUUGCGUGGAGCCCCAGAUCGAGGGAGAUUAUCAGUGGUCUUGUAUGUCUUCCAUUUCCUAAUAAUUGCUCCCACAGUUGAUUUCUUCAAACCAAGCUGCUUACCUAUUGCAGAUUCAGUCUUCCCAGCCUGGUGCAGGUCUACAAUUGUGUUUCUGGUGUCCUUUGACGUCUCUUUGGUCUUGGCCAUAGUGGAGUUUGGAGUGUGACUGUUUGAGGUUGUGGACAGGUGUCUUUUAUACUGAUAACAAGUUCAAACAUGUGCCAUUAAUACAGGUAACGAGUGGAGGACAGAAAUCUUCUUAAAGAAGAAGUUACAGGUCUGUGAGAGCCAGAAAUCUUGCUUGUUUGUAGGUGACCAAAUACUUAUUUUCCAGCAUAAUUUGCAAAUAAAUUCAUUAAAAAUCGUACAAUGUGAUUUUCUGGAUUUUUCUUUCUCAUUUUGUCUGUCAUAGUUGACGUGUACCUAUGAUGAAAAUUACAGGCCUCUCUCAUCUUUUUAAGUGGGAGAACUUGCACAAUUGGUGGCUGACUAAAUACUUUUUUUCCCCACUGUAUAUAUAUAUAUAUAUAUAUAGCUUAUGCCUGGAACCAGCCCUGUAGGUAGUAACCACUAGAAGCCCUGAGAGUCUCGCUGCAUUAGUUGCAACCAAUGCUGAAUAUUUUUGUGUAAGCCUGAGCCUCUCUGUUAUUAUUGAUGAUAUUAACGUUACCCCCUCUGUUUCCCUUUCACCAGGGGCUACCUGUAUUCAGGCCUAGAGUUUGGGGCGGAGUGCUACUGUGGCCACAAGAUCCAGGCCCCCAAUGCCUCUGAGAGUGAAUGCAACAUGGAGUGUAAGGGCGAGAAGGGCAACCUGUGUGGAGGGGCCAACCGCCUGUCAAUCUACAGACUUGAGCUGAGCCAGGAGUCAGCACGCCGCUGUGAGUCUCAACCACCCAUCACCACACUGCAUGCUGUUGUCUGUUUAUCCAUGUAACCAUCUGAGGGGAAAUGGAUAUGUCGUGAGCUGCGGUACAACGAGGAGUUGAGUGUGAGGGGAUGUUCAGAGGCCACAGGGGAGAGGCUCCUCCUCCCUCUCCUCCCACUCAAUCUCCACCCCUUCUUCCUCUCCCAAGAUCAUAGCCACCAAUGUGCAAUCUUUGGCAGUAUAUCUAUUGCUCAGGGAAGAGGCACCAAGCUUGUUUAUAUUCAGGGUUACAAUAACAACAUUGUGAUUGUUGUUAUUUCUAUUUUUUCCUGUCUGCUAAAGCCCCCUUAUUGCAGAUUGCUGAGCAAUUCUCUUUUUCAAUGUGUGUAUGCAUGCUCUGACACCUCCAACACGGAUUGCAGUACCUGCUGCAGAAACAGAAAGGUGCUCUGGUUCUCAUGGCCUUGGGCUAAUAUAUAUAUUGAACAAAAAUAUAAACCAACAUGCAACAACUUCAAAGAUUUUGCUGAGUUACAGUUCAUAUAAGGAAAUCAAUUUCCUUAGGCCUUAAUAUAUGGAUUUCACAUGACUGGGAACACAGAUAUGCAUCUGUUGGUCAUAAAUACCUUUUAAAAAAAGCUAGGGGCGUGGAUCAUUAUCUGGUGUGACCACCUUUUGCCUCAUGCAUUGCGACACAUCUCCAUUGCAUAGAGUUGAUCAGACUGUUGAUUGUGGCCUGUGAAUGUUGUCCCACUCCUCUUCAAUGACUGAGCGAAGUUGCUGGAUAUUGGCUGGAACUGGAACACGCUGUUGUACACGUUGAUCCAGAGCAUACCAAACAUGCUCAAUGGGUGACAUAUCUGGUGAGUAUGCAGGCCAUGGAAUAACUGGGACAUUUUCAGCUUCCAGGAACUGUGUACAGAUCCUUGCGACAUGGGGCUGUGCAUUAUCAUGCUGAAGCAUGAAGUGAUGGCGGCGGAUGAACAGCAUGACAAUGGGCCUCAGGAACUCGUCACGGUAUCUCUGUGCACUCAAAUUGCCAUCGAUAAAAUGCAAUUGUGUUCGUUGUCCGUAGCUUAUGCCUGCCCAUACCAUAACCCCACCACCAACAUGGGGCACUCUGUUCACAACGUUGACAUCAGCAAACCGCUUGCCCACACAACGCCAUACACGCUGUCUGCCAUCUGUCUGGCAGAGUUGAAACCGGGAUUAAUCCAUGAAGAGCACACUUCUCCAGCGUGCCAGUGGUCAUCGAAGGUGAGCAUUUGCCCACUGAUGUCGGCUACGACGCCAAACUGCAGUCAGGUCAAGACCCUGGUGAGGAUGGCGAGCACGCAGAUGAGCUUCCUUGAGACGGUUUCUGCAGAAAUUCUUCAGUUGUGCAAACCCACAGUUUCAUCAGCUGUCCGGGUGGCUGCUCUCAGACGAUCCCGCAGGUGAAGAAGCCAGAGGUGGAGGUCCUGGGCUGGCAUGGUUACACGUGGUAUGCGUUUGUGAGGCUGGUUGGAUGUACUGCCAAAUUCUCUAAAACGACGUUGGAAGCAGCUUAUGGUAGAGAAAUGAACAUUUAAUUCCCAGGCAACAGCUCUGGUGGACAUUUCUGUAGUCAGCAUGCCAAUUGCACGUUCCCUCAACUUGAGACACAAGGUGCACCUGUGUAAUGAUCAUGCUGUUUAAUCAGCUUCUUGAUAUGCCACAACUGUCAGGUGGAUGGAUUAUCUUGGCAAAGGAGAAAUUCUCACUAACAGGGAUGUAAACAAAUUUGUGUACAAAAUUUGAGAGAAAUAAGCAUUUUGUGCAUAUGGAAAAUUUCUGGGAUCUUUUAUUUCAGCUCAUGAAACAUGGGACCAACACUUUACAUGUUGUGUUUAUAUAUUUUUGAUUGAAAGCAUAAGACAAAAGAUAAAGAGUGAGAGAAAGUAAGAAACAGAUUGGGUAUCAAGGUGCUGGUGCUGGAUUGUCUCUCCUCCCCUGUAUGCAGCUGUGAGAGUGCUGGAGGCAGGAGUCACAUCUAAAAGACAUUUAGUCCCUUACACACUAUGACUAACUCCUCCAGGUCUUCAACACACGGACCACCUGCCAUGGAAAAUAUAUUGGCUAUAGUGCCCUGCUGUCUGUACAUACCAAUGAGUUUUCUCGCCUCUCUUGGUGCAUAACCUACACAGACUGCCCACUUCCCUGUUAUUUGCUGUUCUACAGUAUCACUGGUUCUGUUAUUUGCUGUUCUACAGUAUGUCUGGUUCUGUUAUUUGCUGUUCUACAGUAUGGCUGGUUCUGUUAUUUGCUGUUCUACAGUAUGGCUGGUUCUGUUAUUUGCUGUUCUACAGUAUGGCUGGUUCUGUUAUUUGCUGUUCUACAGUAUGUCUGGUUCUGUUAUUUGCUGUUCUACAGUAUGGCUGGGCCUGUUAUUUGCUGUUCUACAGUAUGGCUGGGCCUGUUUGCACUGUGGUUGUCCAUAGGGAUAGCCUGGGGAUAAAGGUUGUUUAGACAGCCAGUGCAGGAGAGCCAGGCAGUCCCUGAUGUGAUGGUAACGGCUCAGGGCAGGCCGCUGCUGCGUCAGGGCCUCAUGCUCUGUAUUAGGUUCCUAGCAAGGCCAAGGGAGGGUUCGAUGGAUACUAUAGGGGUCAAACUGAAAGUUUUGUUCAGUCAGAACACACAUGAAAAUGGGUUAGUGAUCGAUACUAAUGUAGUAUGUUGUGUUUGUUGUGUUUCUCCUUGGUUCAGAUGGGAGCGCCAUCUUUAAGGGGUGCUUCCACAGACCUGACAACGUCACACUGGCACUGCCCGUUAGCGCUGUCAUCCAGAACAUUUCAGUGGAGAAGUGUGUGGACAUGUGCACAGAGAAGGUGAGGGAAAUGUGCAUGUUGUGAUGUCAGAUUUCGAUGUCUGUUUGCUUGGUGCUGAGAGAGAGAGAGAGAGAGAGAGAGGUUGUGUGCAUGUGUAUCAUAUGCGUACAUCUUUCUCCCUCUAACGUCCCUCUCCUCCCUCCUUCCUGCCCUCAAGGAGCUGUCCCUAGCAGUCCUGGCUGGAGACAGGUGUCUCUGUGGGUUCCCCACCCCCCACUUCUCCCUCCAUGAGAUGGAGGAUGAGGACAUGUGCCUGCACCGCUGCCGUGGCGAGGAGUUUGAGAGCUGUGGGAAUGACGAAUACUUUGUGGUGUACCAGACACAGGUCCAAGGUAAACUAGUCACUAUGUGCCACUGACCUCAUCAUUCUAAACCCUUUCUAGUUGUAAUGACUGGAUACGACUACAUCAAUUACCAUUACCAAUGUCAUUCACAUUAAAGGAUGGAUUUCCAUAGAUUUGUAUUGAUGCUCUUUGAGUAGAAGAGAUUGACAGAGUGCUGAAAGUGGCACAGGAGUGGCAGUAUUUCUGAGCAUGGGCCAGUGUGGGGAGGGUGUUCUUGUGAAACAGCUAGCUCACUUAUUUCACACCAUCACCCCACGCUGCUGUUUUCUCACACUUCAGUGAAUGGAUGCUCAGAGAGGCUGUGAGCAAUGCUGCCUUAGUGCUGCAGCAGCUCUUCUUACAUUCAGAAGCGGAUAUAGAGACUCUAAUAAACAGUGUACAACAACAUAUUGGUCUGGACCAGUCACAAUAUAUAAGGAUACCAUUAAAAACCACAGUCAAAGCAACUCAAAAAAGGAAGCCUACUGUGUAGUUGCUUAACAAUAUAUUUAAUACUAUUCACUGGCCAUGUUUCAUGUGACCUUUAUUUUCUGCUCCAGUAUGAGGAAGUGCAUCCCCAGCUGUCUCAGCACACAUUACUGAUGUACUGAAGCAUCUCUUGCUUCCGUAGCCCUUUAAAAUGGCAGAUUUGGGCACUGAGAAGCACCUAAAUUGGGCGCAUUGGCUGUAAGUAACAUGCUAUUAAUAACGUCAGAGCUCAGGCUCUGCGCUUCACAGUGCUGUAUGGUUUUUAUUUUUUUUUAGCAGAUGCUCUUAUCCAGAGCGACGUACAGUUACAGACUUACAGUUAAGAUAGCUAGGUGGGACAACCACAUAUCACAGAAAUGUAAAUAUUUCCUCAAUAAAGUAGCUAUCAGCAAAGUCAAAGCUAGUGGUGAGAAGGGGUGCUGUGGGAUUAUUUAAAAUACUCUUUGAAGAGGUAGGGUUUCAGAUGUUUUUGGAAGAUGGGCAGGGGGAAGCUGGUUCCACCACUGGGGUGCCAGGACAGAGAAGAGCUUGGACUGGGUUGAGUGGGAGCUGCCCUCCCGUAGAGGUGGGAGGGCCAAGACACCAGAGAUGGCAGAGUGGAGUGCUCAGGUUGGGGUGUAGGGUUUGAGCAUAGCCUGAAGGUAGGGAGGGGCAGUUCCUCUUGCUGCUUCGUAGGCAAGUACCAUUGUCUUGUAGUGGAUGUGAGCUUCAACUGGAAGCCAAUGGAGUGUGCGGAGGAGCGGGGUUACAUGGGAGAACUUGGAUAGGUUGAACACCAGGCGGGCUGGAGGGUUCUGGAUAAGUUGCAGGGGUUUGAUGGCACCAGCGGGGAGCCCAGCCAUCAGCGAGUUGCAGUAGACCAGACGGGAGAAAACAAGGGCCUGGAUUAGGACCAGCGCCGCUUCUACUCUACGGAUGCUGUAGAGCAUGAACCUGCAGGAGCGUGUCACUGCUUUGAUGUUUGCAAAGAACAACAGGGUGUUGUCCAGGGUCACGUCAAGGUUAUUUUCAGCCUGGGAGGGGGACACCGUGGAGUUGUCAACUGUGAUGGAGGAAGAGCAGCUCCGUCUUGUCGAGGUUGAGCUUGAGGUGGUGGGCCGACAUCCAAGCUGAGAUACCUGCCAGGCACGCAGAGAUGUGUGUCGCAGCCUGGGUGUCAGAAAGGGUGAAGGAGAAAAGUAGUUGAGUGUCAUCCACAUAGCAAUGCUAGAAGAGACCAUGUGAGGAUAUGACAGAGCCAAGUGACUUGGUGUAUAGAGAAAAUAGGAGAUGGCCUAGUACAGAGCCCUGGGGGACACCAGUCUUGAGAGUAUGUGGAGCAGACACAGAUCCUCUCCACGUCACCUGCCAGGUAGGAUGCAAUCCAAGAGUGUGCAGAGCCUGAGACGUCCAGCCCUGAGAAGGUGGAGAGGAGGAUCUGAUGGUUCACGGUGUUGAAGGUAGCAGAUAGAUCUAGGAGGAUGAGAACAGAGGAUAGAGAUUUAGCUUUGGCAGUGCAGAGAGCCUCCAUGACACAGAGAAGAGCAGUCUCGGUUGAGUGACCCGUCUUGAAGCCUGACUGGUUAGGGUCAAGAAAAUAGUUCUGAGAAAGAUAGCUAGAGAGUUGGUCAAAGACGGCACGCUCAAGUGUUUUGGAAAGAAAAGAAAAGAAAGAAGCGAUACUGGUCUGUAGUUUUUGACAACAGAGGAGUUGAGUUUCACUGACAGCCAUUCUGAACUUAAGCACCUCAUGCGACAAGAAGUUGCCACCGUCCCGCCUGCUAAUUGGGCGACUUUUGCAAGUUUUGUUGUCUGAGUGAGGAAAAUGCUGUAAAUUAAGAUGACUAGAUGUAUUUUGAAAGAUAAGAAGUUGAGGAUUAUAAUAAAUAUAGCUUUGAUGUCAUACAAGCAAGCCAAACACCCCUGUGUCCAAAUGUGCACUUCACAUUUCCAUAUCAUAAAACUCAUGUCAUAUACAGUGUCAACAUUUAUGAUCACUAUGUUUGAUGCACAGUUACAAGAUGACAUGUCUAUUGUGAAGGAAAUUUGUAGCGGAACACCAGCCUAACAUGACCAAUGUUCCCUCUAAGCUGCGCACGUGCGCACCUCCUUCAGGACUGCGGCGCAGAAGAAAUGCCAGGCUGUGCAGAGACGCAAGAGAUUGAACUUCACUGAGUUCGCCUCAUUAGUUUGCACUAUAUAGAUCAUGUUUUUUCUGUGAUCUAAUCAACAUUAUAUUAGCCCCUUUUCAAUGCAACAAACCAAAACAAAUCUAACUUUGCAAGCUUGAGUCUGGGAUUUUGUUGUAGGCAGAGCCAGAGUGCAAUGGAGUAAAACUAUAUUGGCGGGGUAGCCCAUGAGCGUUUUCAGAUCAAUUAAUGUGCUUUUCAAAUCAAGAGUGCAGAGCUGCGCGUGUGCACAUUUGUUGAUAUUCUUUGCUAGUUAGCGAGUUAUUAGCCCAGUUAGAGAUAAUUAUAGGUCAGCAAAGGUGACUUACUGCUUCUUCCUACAAGAGCACAAAACGUGUAGGCUACAUUUCAAGCUGUCUUUGAAAAACCAGUCAGGUAAAAAGCCUGGGCUAUCAGUCUUCGUGGUGCUUCUCUUCAACAUAGCAUGAUUUCUUGUGUGCAAAAUGACAGUUGUUGUGUAUAUGUGUCACGGUUUCGGCCGAGACUGCUCCUCCUCCUGGUUCGGGCAGGCUUCGGCGUUCGCCGUCCCCGGAGUACUAGCUGCCACCGUUGUAUGUUUUGUGGUGUGAUUGCUUUAGUCUGUCUUGUACACCUGUGUCUGUUUGUGUGCUGAUUACGUGUCUUAUAAGUUCCCUGUUUUGUAUUAGUUAGAUUGUGUGUUGUUGUUUGCCUGUCGUGCGGAGCUGCGUGUUUGCGCUCUGUUAGUUCUGUUUAUUGUGUUACGCAUGUUGCGUAAUUCCCUCGCCUCCGUUUGUUUUCGAGGUCGUGUAAUGUUUUGUUGCACUUUGGACUAGUAAAGUAUUUUGGACUAAUCCUCUGUGUCCUGCGCCUGACUCCUCCACCACAUCCACAUCGGUUCUUUUGACAGAACAACACACCCAACUAUGGAGUCAGCAAGAGCAGCGGCGGCACCCAAGUCGCUGGAAGAGCGGAUCAGCUAUCAAGACACCAUGAUCCGGCAACUUGGGGCCGCCAUGGACGAGGUGUCCAACACUCUGCGCCGGUUGGUGACUGGAGAGGUGCCUACGCCUUCUUACUCCAUCCCAUCACCAACGGCCAGUCCUCCUCUCUCAGCACCGGAACCCAGUGGCAUUCGGCUCUCGCUCCCGAGGGCAUAUGACGGUUCUGCAGCCGGGUGUCAGGGGUUCCUCCUGCAGCUGGAACUCUACCUGGCUACCAUACACCCAGCGCCCUCGGGAUACGAGAGCGUCUCCGCCCUCAUCUCCUGUCUAUCCGGCAAGGCGUUGGAGUGGGCCAACGCCGAAUGGAGGGGAAUAGACGCCGCUACCAUCACCUACGCGGAGUUCUCCCGCCGCUUCAGGGCUGUCUUCGAUCACCCACCUGAAGGGAAAGCGGCGGGGGAGCGUCUGUUCCACCUCCGACAGGGGAAGAGGAGCGCACAGGAGUUCGCACUGGAGUUCCGGACGCUAGCGGCGGAUGCGGGGUGGAAUGAGAGGGCCCUCAUCGACCAUUACCGGUGCAGCCUACGAGAGGACGUUCGUCGUGAGCUGGCCUGCAGGGACACCAACCUAUCAUUCGACCAGUUGGUGGACAUCUCCAUACGUCUCGACACCCUGCUGGCUACCCGCGGACGUCCCGAGUGGGGGCCGACCAUUCCACCCUCCAGCACCUCCGAUCCGAUUCCCAUGGAGCUCGGGGGUGCUGGCGCUAGAGAGAGGAGGAGAGAGAACCCGAGGGGGGCCACCCCCUGCACCAACUGUGGCCGUGGAGGACACACCGCGGCCAGGUGCUGGGGAGGGUCUCCUGGGAGAGGGGACAACAGGUCACGCACUGGGGAGUCAUUUCAGGUGAGUAGGCGCCCCACUUACCCAGAGCUUUCUGUUGGUCACAUGAGUAUUCCUGUGAGAUUUCCACAGGUGGCCCUCAUUCCCAGAAUAAGGCGCUAGUAGAUUCAGGCGCAGCUGGGAAUUUUAUUGAUCGGGCAUUUUGUUAUAGGUUUGGAAUUCCCCUUCGGCCGGUAGAAGCCCCCUUUCCUGUCCACGCCUUAGACAGCCGGCCGUUGGGGUCGGGGCUGAUCAGAGAAGUCACAGCACCACUUACUAUGACGACGCAGGGGGGUCAUGAGGAGAUCAUUCAGUUUUAUCUGAUUGACUCUCCUGCGUACCCCGUGGUGUUGGGGCUUCCCUGGUUAAGCACCCAUGAUCCUACCAUUGCGUGGCAACAGAGGGCUCUUAUGGAGUGGUCUGCCCAGUGUGUAGGGAGAUGUCUAGGUGUUUCCUUAGGGGCGACCUCGGUUGAGAGUCCGAACCAAGUGCCCGCAAUGCGCAUUCCCCCUAAGUAUGAGGACUUAGCACUCGUGUUCAGCAAGACGAGGGCAACACGGCUACCACCUCAUAGACAGGGGGACUGUGUGAUAAAUCUCCAAACAGGAGCGGCUCUUCCGCGGAGCCGUGUGUAUCCCCUGUCUCAAGAGGAGACAGCGGCUAUGGAGACUUACAUAGCCGAGUCCUUGGCACAGGGAUACAUACGGUCCUCCACUUCCCCGGUUUCCUCGAGUUUCUUCUUUGUGAAGAAGAAGGACGGGGGUUUGCGCCCGUGUAUUGAUUACCGUAGUCUCAAUCAGAUCACGGUUAAGUACAGUUACCCUCUUCCACUGAUUGCGACUAUGACGGAGUCAUUACGCGGAGCGCAAUUCUUCACAAAGUUGGAUCUCAGGAGCGCGUACAAUCUGGUGCGCAUUAGGGAGGGGGAUGAAUGGAAAACGGCAUUUAGCACCACCUCGGGUCAUUACGAGUAUCUCGUCAUGCCAUACGGGCUAAUGAAUGCUCCUUCAGUCUUCCAAUCCUUUGUUGACGAGAUUUUCCGGGACAUGCAUGGGCAGGGUGUGGUAGUGUACAUCGACGACAUCCUAGUGUACUCUUCUACACGAGCCGAGCAUGUAGCCCUGGUGCGCCGAGUGUUGAGAAGACUGUUGGAGCAUGACUUGUACGUCAAGGCAGAGAAAUGCCUGUUCUUCCAGGAGUCCGUCUCCUUUUUGGGUUAUCGGUUGUCCGCGUCUGGUGUGGAGAUAGAGGUAGACCGUGUGUCGGCCGUGCGUAAUUGGCAAACUCCAACCACUGUAAAAGAGGUGCAGCAGUUCUUGGGUUUUGCUAAUUACUACCGGAGGUUUAUUCGGGGCUUUGGACAGGUUGCAGCGCCCAUUACGUCCCUGUUAAAGGGGGGUCCGGUUCGUCUGCAGUGGUCAGCUGAGGCGGACAGGGCAUUUGUCAAACUGAAGAACCUGUUCACCUCGGCCCCGGUGCCGGCGCAUCCGGAUCCCUCUUUACCAUUCCAAGUAGAGGUAGACGCGUCCGAGACCGGUAUUGGGGCAGUCCUGUCACAACGGUCCGGCACGCCACCUAAGCUCCGCCCCUCUGCGUUCUACUCUAAGAAACUCAGCUCGGCGGAGCGCAAUUAUGACGUUGGGGACAGGGAGCUGUUAGCUGUAGUCCAGGCCCUAAAGGUGUGGAGGCAUUGGCUUGAGGGGGCUCAACACCCUUUCCUCAUUCUGACCGAUCACCGUAACCUGCAGUACAUCCGGGCAGCUAGGAGAUUGAACCCUCGUCAGGCUAGGUGGAACAUGUUCCUGACCCGGUUUGUUUUUAAGAUCACAUACAUCCCAGGGUCCCAGAACGGUAAGGCAGACGCCCUGUCCCGGCGGUAUGACACAGAGGAGAGGUCCAUUGAGCCCACUUCCAUACUGCCGGAGUCUUGUCUGGUGGCUCCGGUGGAAUGGGAGGUCGAUACGGAAAUCGAGCGGGCACUGCAUGCCGACCCUACUCCCCCCGGCACUCCUCCACCGGUUUAACACCUUUCCAGUGUGUUUUAGGGUAUCAGCCGGUCCUGGCACCGUGGCACGAGAGCCAGAUCGAGGCCCCUGCGGUGGACGAGUGGAUUCGGCGCUCGGAGGAGACGUGGGACGCUGCCCAUGUCCAUCUGCAGCGGGCCAUCCGUCAACAAAAGGCGAGCGCCGAUCGCCACCGCAGUGAGGGACCGGUGUACGCACCGCCUGCCCUGCCGGAAGCUGGGUCGGCGGUUUGUGGGGCCCUUCAAAGUCCUGAGAAGAUUGAACGAGGUGUGUUACAGGUUACAACUGCCUAUUGAAUACAAAAAUAUUAACCCCUCGUUCCAUGUGUCUCUUCUCAGGCCGGUGGUAGCUGGCCCACUCCAAGAAGAUGAGAUAGGAGAGACCCCUCCGCCCCCUUUGGACAUCGAGGGGGCCCCGGCGUACAGGGUCCGGACCAUCUUGGACUCGAGGCGCCGGAUGAGUGGUCUCCAGUAUCUCGUGGAGUGGGAGGGGUACGGUCCGGAGGAACGGUGCUGGGUGCCUAGGAGGGACAUCCUCGAUCCAUCCCUCCUGACUGAGUUCCACCGUGGGCAUCCCACGCGCCCGGGUCCGCGUCCUCCUGGCCGUCCCCGAGGCCGGGGUCGGCGCACGGCUGGAGCCGCGCGUCAAGGGGGGGGUACUGUCACGGUUUCGGCCGAGACUGCUCCUCCUCCUGGUUCGGGCAGGCUUCGGCGUUCGCCGUCCCCGGAGUACUAGCUGCCACCGUUGUAUGUUUCGUGGUGUGAUUGCUUUAGUCUGUCUUGUACACCUGUGUCUGUUUGUGUGCUGAUUACGUGUCUUAUAAGUUCCCUGUUUUGUAUUAGUUAGAUUGUGUGUUGUUGUUUGCCUGUCGUGCGGAGCUGCGUGUUUGCGCUCUGUUAGUUCUGUUUAUUGUGUUACGCAUGUUGCGUAAUUCCCUCGCCUCCGUUUGUUUUCGAGGUCGUGUAUUGUUUUGUUGCACUUUGGACUAGUAAAGUCUUUUGGACUAAUCCUCUGUGUCCUGCGCCUGACUCCUCCACCACAUCCACAUCGGUUAUUUUGACAAUAUGGCUGCAUUUCAGAAAGGCCUACAUUUUUUAAAAAGUUGUAUGUGGCAGUAGUAGGCCCAAUGCCUUGUGUAGCCUACUAAAAGUAGGCAAACUUUCAUUCUGUUAUCAUUAAUUUGCAUUACACAGUCAUUGUGUGAUCGAAUCAAAUCAAAGUGUAUUUGUCACAUAUACAACAGGUGUAGAUUCUACCGUGAAAUGCUUACUCAUGAGCCCUUUCCCAACAAUGCAGAGUUAAAAAGUAAGAACAUUUGCACAGACAAAAAAAAGGAAAUAGUAACAUAAAAAAUUACAAUAACGAGGCUAUAUACAAGGAGAACCGGUACCAAGUCAAUGUGCUGGUUGAGGUGAAAAUGUCUAUACUGUAAAAGUGAUACUAUGAGGGGCGGCAGGUAGCCUGGAAGGUAGGAGCGUUGCAUUCAGUUGUACAACUGACUAUGUAUCCCCCUUUCCCUUUCUAUUACACUGUUGCUAAGCAGGAACUUGUAUCAAGGGUGAUUAACAAAGCUUACACAUCUACUGAGUCAAUCUCUAGUGCAUUGUGUUGUACAGUGCAGGACAUUUGACGCAAUGACUGGAUUUCAAAAGCGAUAUACAUUACCUUUGCCCUAUUCUUUCUCUGUAGUAGAAGCACCUGUCUGCUCUAGGUCUAGGCACUUGUCAUCUCCCGUCUGGACUACGGCAACUCGCUGUUGGCUGGGCUCCCCGUUUAUGCCAUCAAACCCCUGCAAUUUAUCCAGAAUGCUGCAGCCCGCCUGGUUUUCAAACUUCCCAGGUUCUCCCAUGUCACCCCGCUCCUCCGCACACUUCACUAGCUUCCAGUCGAAGCUCACAUCCACUACAAGACCAUGGUGCUUUCCUACGGAGCAGCAAGAGGAACUGCCCCCUCCCUACCUUCAGGCUCUGCUCAAACCCUACACACCAACCUGAGCACUCCGUCCUGCCACCUCUGGUCUCUUGGCCCUCCCACCCCUACAGGAGGGCAGCUCCCGCUCAGCCAGGUCCAAGCUCUUCUCUGUCCUGGCACCCCAAUGGUGGAACCAGCUUCCCCCUGAAGCUAGGACAGCAGAGUCCCUGCCCAUCUUCCGAAAGCACCUGAAACCCUACCUCCUCAAAGAACAUCUUAAAUAAUCCCCCUUCUCAAAAAUUUUAAAUGUAGGAUGUAUGACCCUGAAAUAGCUUUCUUUGUUCACCAGUCAUUCAGGGGCUUACAGAGGCCCUUUGAGAUUCCUACUGUCAUGCUAAAGUACAUAGGCCCUUUGACAUUCUCACUCACUGUCCAGCUAUAGUGUUGUAUUUAAAGUUUGUGUCUGGUUCAUAAUAGAUUUUUUGGAAGGAACACAAAUAAUUCUGUGUAUUUCAUUUCAUCAUGUAUUAUAGUGUGUCACGUGUGUGACCAGUGUUCUUUCCUGUGUUUCCUCAGAUAACCGUUGUAUGGACCGGCACUUCCUGCCCACGCGUUCUAAGCAGCUGAUGGCCCUGGCCAGCUUCCCCGGGGCUGGCAACACCUGGGCCCGCCACCUCAUAGAGCUGGCCACUGGCUUCUACACAGGCAGCUACUACUUUGAUGGCUCCCUCUACAACAAAGGUACUGUAACCUGGAGGUAACAGGUGACAUGGGUACUGGGUAGUCAUACAUUGGGAAGUCAUGCAGUCACUUAAACAGCCAAAAUUACACUAUUAAGCAUGUUAAUGUUUUGUCGUUGUUGUUUUUUCUUUUAAAAGGCUUCAAAGGUGAGCGAGACCAUUGGCGGAGUGGUAGGACCGUCUGCAUUAAAACACAUGAGAGCGGCAAGAAGGAGAUUGAAGCCUUUGACGCCAGCAUCGUCAUGAUCCGCAACCCUUAUAAGGCCCUCAUGGCUGAGUUCAACCGCAAGUACGGCGGCCAUAUUGGAUUUGCCUCGCAGGCCCACUGGAGAGGGAAAGGUGGGACUUCAGCCAAUGAUACAGUGCCCUUAUUGCUAUGUAAUUAUUGGUGUAAUUACAGUGUAACAACUAUUGUCAUUACUCUUUAUAUCACUAUAUUUACACUGUACUUAGGGUUAGGGUUGGGGUUGAGCCAGGGUGUGGACAUGAGACUAGGGUUAGGGUUAGGGCUAAGGUUAAUAGGGUUACUGCUGUAAGUACAGUGUAAGUACAAUAAUGAGUAAUUGCAAAACUGUUACAUAGUAAUUACAUGAGGAUAGUUACACAGUAAUAAGGGUAAUGUAAAGUGUUACCCAAUUGUCUGCAUACUGAUGAGUCAUGAAUAGGUGAACUCAACAGAUAUGAACAUGCUUGGCAUACAGUAGAUGUGCCCUUUCCCUAUCAUGAUUAGUUGGAGAUGGCGCCGGAGAAGAUGGCUGCCGUUUUACAGCCCUCUAACCAAUUGUACUAUUAUGUGUGUUUUUUCACGUUAUUUGUAAUUUAUUCUGUACAUAAUGUUUCUGCCAACGUCUCUUAUAACCAAAAAGAGCUUCUGGAUAUCAGGACAGCAAUUACUCACCUCGUAUUGGAUGAAGACUUUUUCUUCAACGAGUCGGACACGAAGGAUAUCCUACAGACACCCGACAAGGCCCAAAUCCCCAUCAUUCGCAGGAGAAAGAGAAGGAGAUAUCGUGGAUGUAGGUCGGGGUGCCUUGUAAGGAUCCGACGGCGAGCGAGUAAACUGCCUCUUCCAUCAAUACUAUUAGCCAAUGUUCAAUUAUUUGAAAAUAAAUUAGAUGACCUAAGAUUACGGUUAUCCUACCAACGGAACAUUAAAAACUGUAAUAUCUUAUGUUUCACCGAGUCGUGGCUGAACGACGACAUGGACAACAUACAGCUGACGGGAUAUACGCUACAUCGGCAGGAUAGAAUGGCUGAUUCCGGUAAGACAAGGGGUGGCGGUCUGUGUAUAUUUGUAAACAACAGCUGGUGCACAAAAUCAAAUACUAAGGAAGUCUCUAGGUUUUGCUCGCCUGAGGUAGAGUAUCUUAUGAUAAGCUGUAGACCACACUAUUUACCAAGAGAGUUUUCAUCUAUAUUUUUCAUAGCUGUCUAUUUACCACCACAAACCAAUGCUGGCAUUAAGAUUGCACUCAAUGAGCUGUAUAAGGCCAUAAGUGAACAGGAAAACACUCAUCCAGAGGCAGCGCUCCUAGUGGCCGGGGACUUUAAUGCAGGGAAACUUAAAUCCGUUCUACCUAAUUUCAACCAGCAUGUUAAAUGUGCAACCAGAGGAAAAAAAACUCUAGACCACCUUUACUCCACACACAGAGACGCAUACAAAGCUCUCCCUCGCCCUCCAUUUGGCAAAUCUGACCAUAACUCUAUCCUCCUGAUUCCUGCUUAUAAGCAAAAACUAAAGCAGGAAGCACCAGUGACUCGGUUAAUAAAAAAGUGGUCAGAUGACGCAGAUGCUAAGCUACAGGACUGUUUUGCUAGCACAGACUGGAACAUGUUCCAGGAUUCUUCAGAUAGCAUUGAGGAGUACACCACAUCAGUCACUGGCUUCAUCAAUAAGUGCAUCGAUGAUGUCAUCCCCACAGUGACCGUACAGGCAACAUCUGCACUGAGCUAAAGGGUAGAGCUGCCGCUUUCAAGGAGCGGGACUCUAGCCCGGACGCUUAUAAGAAAUCCCGCUAUGCCCUCCGACGAACCAUCAAACAGGCAAAGAGUCAAUACAGGACUAAGAUUGAAUCGUACUACACCAGCUCUGACGCUCGUCGGAUGUGGCAAGGCUUGAAAACUAUUACAGACUACAAAGGGAAGCACAGCCGCGAGCUGCCCAGUGACACAAGCCUACCAGAUGAGCUAAACCACUUCUAUGCUCGCUUCGAGGCAAGCAACACUGAAGCAUGCAUGAGAGCACCAGCUGUUCCGGAUGACGAUGUGAUCACGCUCUCCGUAGCCGAUGUGAGUUAGACUUUUAAGCAGGUCAACAUUCACAAGGCCGCAGGGCCAGACGGAUUACCAGGACGUAUACUCCGAGCAUGUGCUGACCAACUGGCAAGUGUCUUCACUGACAUUUUCAACAUGUCCCUGACUGAGUCUGUAAUACCAACAUGUUUCAAGCAGACCACCAUAGUCCCCGUGCCCAAGGACACUAAGAUAACCUGCCUAAAUGACUACCGACCCGUAGCACUGACUUCUGUAGCCAUGAAGUGCUUUGAAAGGCUGGUCAUGGCUCACAUCAACACCAUUAUCCCAGAAUCCCUAGACCCACUCCAAUUUGCAUACUGCCCCAACAGAUCCACAGAUGAUGCAACCUCUAUUGCACUCCACACUUCCCUUUCCCACCUGGACAAGAGGAACAUCUAUGUGAGAAUGCUGUUCAUUGAAUACAGCUCAGCAUUCAACACCAUAGUGCCCUCAAAGCUCAUCACUAAGCUAAGGAUCCUGGGACUAAACACCUCCCUCUGCAACUGGAUCCUGGACUUCCUGACGGGCCGCCCCCAGGUGGUAAGGGUAGGUAACAACACAUCUGCCACGCUGAUCCUCAACACGGGGGCCCCUCAGGGGUGCGUGCUCAUUCCCCUCCUGUACUCCCUGUUCACCCAUGACUGCAUGGCCAGGCACGACUCCAACACCAUCAUUGAGUUUGCCAACGACACAACAGUGGUAGGCCUGAUCACCGACAAUGAUGAGACAGCCUAUAGGGAGGAGGUCAGAGACCUGGCCGUGUGGUGCCAGGAUAACAACCUCUCCCUCAACCUGACCAAGACAAAGGAGAUGAUUGUGGACUACAGGAAAAAAAAGAGGACUGAGCACGCCCCCAUUCUCAUCGACGGGGCUGUAGUGGAACAGGUUGAGAGCUUCAAGUUCCUUGGUGUCCACAUCACCAACGAACUAUCAUGGUCCAAACACACCAAGACAGUCGUGAAGAGGGCACGACAAAGCCUAUUACCCCUCAGGAGACUGAAAAGAUUUGGCAUGGGUCCUCAGAUCCUCAAAAACUUCUACAGCUGCACCAUCGAGAGCAUCCUGACUGGUUGCAUCACCACCUGGUAUGGCAACUGCUCGGCCUCCGACCGCAAGGCACUACAGAGGGUAGUGCGUACGGCCCAGUGCAUCACUGGGGCCAAGCUUCCUGCCAUCCAGGACCUCUAUACCAGGCGGUGUCAGAGGAUGGCCCUCAAAAUUGUCAAAGACUCCAGCCACCCUAGUCAUAGACUGUUCUCUCUGCUACCGCACGGCAAGCGGUACCGGAGCGCCAAGUCUAGGUCCAAAAGGCUUCUCAACAGUUUCUACCCCCAAGCCAUAAGACUCCUGAACAGCUAAUCAUGGCUACCCAGACUAUUUGCACUGACCCCCCACCCCCACCCCAUAUUUUUACACUGCUGCUACUCUGUUAAUUAUUUAUGCAUAGUCACUUUAACUCUACCCACAUGUACAUAUUACCUCAACUAGCCGGUGCCCCCGCACAUUGACUCUGCACCGGUACCCCCCUGUAUAUAGCGUCCCUACUGUUAUUUGAUUUUACUUUUGCUCUUUUUUGUUGUUGUUGUUUUAUUUUACUUUUUUAUUAAAAUAGAAAUGCAUUGUUGGUUAAGGGCUGUAAGUAAGCUGUCACGCCCUGGCUCUGGGGACUCUAAUAUGUUGAGCCAGGGUGUGUAAAGUCUAUGUGUUUUGUUCUAGGUUUCACAUUCUAGUAUUGUUGUUCUAUGUUGGCCAGUGUGGUUCUCAAUCAGAGGCAACGUGAUUCAGCUGUUGCUUGUUGUCUCUGAUUGAGAACCAUACUUUAGCAGCCUGUUUCCCCACAGAGUGGUGGGAUCUUGUUUCUAGUCUGUUGUGUUAGACCGUGAACUGUCACGUUUUCGUUUUGAUCGUGUCUCUAUUAAAGAGUAUGUUUGCCUGCAACGCUGCGCCUUGGUCCUCAUCUCUGUUCGACGAUCGUGACAGAAGAUCCCACCAGAACUGGACCAAGCAGCGGGUCGAGGAGCCAUCGCCAGGGAAAUCCCUAGCGGAGAUCCAGCGCCUCCUCGACUGGGUCUAGCCGGGUGAGGAAGAGAGGGGCUUGACGUGGAGGCAGAAGGGCGAAAGGCUGGCGAGAAGCAUGGAGACCUGGUCCACGGGUAGGAGUGAAGCCCAUACAUUUUUUAGGGGGUGGCUAACGCCGUGGACGACGGGGCAGCAGGAGGCCGCCAGGUUACGGGAGUCACUGGUCACCAGGGGGAAGGAGGAUGUAGAGGCACGGCGAGAGGUACUGGCGUGUGUUGCCAGUCCGGUCCGGCCUGUUCCUGAUCCCCACGUAGGGCCAGUGGUGUGUGUUCCCAGUACGGUCCGGCCUGUUCCUGCCACUCGCACCAAGUCUACGGUGCGCGUCGCCAGCUCGACCCGGCCUGUUCCUGCUCCCCGCACCAAGUCAGUGGUGCGCUUCGUCAGCCCGGCUCGGCCCGUUCCUGCUCUCCGCACCAAGUCAGUGGUGCGCUUCGUCAGCCCGGCUCGGCCCGUUCCUGCUCCCCGCACCAAGUCAGUGGUGCGCUUCGUCAGCCCGGCUCGGCCCGUUCCUGCUCCCCGCACCAAGUCAGGGGUGCGCUUCGACAGCCCGGCUCGGCCCGCUCCUGCUCCCCACACCAAGCCAGUGGUGUGCGUCGUCAGUCCGGCACGACCCGUGCCUGUUCCCCGUGCGCUUCGUCAGCCCGGCUCGGCCCGUUCCUGCUCUCCGCACCAAGUCAGUGGUGCGCUUCGUCAGCCCGGCUCGGCCCGUUCCUGCUCCCCGCACCAAGUCAGUGGUGCGCUUCGUCAGCCCGGCUCGGCCCGUUCCUGCUCCCCGCACCAAGUCAGGGGUGCGCUUCGACAGCCCGGCUCGGCCCGCUCCUGCUCCCCACACCAAGCCAGUGGUGUGCGUCGUCAGUCCGGCACGGCCCGUGCCUGUUCCCCGCACCAAGUCAGGGGUGCGCUUCGAUAGCCCGGCUCGGCCCGCUCCUGCUCCCCACACCAAGUCAGUGGUGUGCGUCGUCAGUCCGGCACGGCCCGUGCCUGUUCCACCGGUGGCACCGGUCAGAUGCUUCACGCCGGAGCUAGAGCAAUCCGCUCCACCAGUGUGCAGUCCAGCUCCGGCCAGCGGGGCCAGACCGGACCAGGGGUACCUUGGGGGGUUGGAGAGGGAGCGGGGAUCAGGCCCGGAGCCGGAUCCGCCGCCUAAGCGGAGUGCCCACCCGGUCCCUCCCCUGUGGUAUUUGGUGGGCGCGGUCUAUGUGUUUUGUUCUAGGUUUCACAUUCUAGUAUUGUUGUUCUAUGUUGGCCAGUGUGGUUCUCAAUCAGAGGCAACGUGAUUCAGCUGUUGCUUGUUGUCUCUGAUUGAGAACCAUACUUUAGCAGCCUGUUUCCCCACAGAGUUUGUGGGAUCUUGUUUCUAGUCUGUUGUGUUAGACCGUGAACUGUCACGUUUUCGUUUUGUCGUUUUUGAUCGUGUCUCUAUUAAAGAGUAUGUUUGCCUGCAACGCUGCGCCUUGGUCCUCAUCUCUGUUCGACGAUCGUGACAUAAGCAUUUCACGGUAACGUCUACACCUGUUGUAUUCGGCGCAUGUGGCAUUUUUAUUUUUAUUUGUUUUAUUUGCUACUGUGUGCCGAUUUUCAGUGGCUCUCUCCUUAUCAACUAAUUUGGUAAACUCAAAGGCUUUUAAUGUCUGAAUGAUAGAAUGGGGUUUUGAGAUCUGUCUUCUGCUUUAACACUAAGAGAGACCAGAAAAUGAGAAGUCAGAUAAGACCUUACUCAUGAUCUAGAGGAAGUGCCAGUAUGUUGUCACUGUAGUUUUGGGUAGUGUGAACCUUAGUUUCUCAUAUUGCCUAAUCUAUGCUUUGUGAGAGCAGCACAGCAGAUGUGUAAUACAUGCGUAUACACUGAGUGUACAGAACAUUAAGGACAUCUGCUCUUUCCAUGACAUAGACUGACCAGGUGAAUCCAGGUGAAAGCUAUGAUCCCUUAUUGAUGUCACUUGUUAAAUCCACUUCAAUCAGUGUAGACUAAGGGGAGGAGACGGGUUAAAGAAGGAUUUGGAAGCCUUGGGACUCAACAUUAGGAAGGUGUUUUUAAUGUUUUAUACACUCAGUGUACAUUUUUGAGUAUCCAUUGGUAUAUGUUGGUAAGAUAAGAGUAAUGGAUAAGACCUUUUCAGAGGGAAAACUUCUCUUUGCAUGUUUGCUCCAAAAUACAAGUUUGAGUAAACAGUUUCUCUGCUCACUUUCUCACUUUCUAGACUCCACAAUCCCUUUUUUCAUUUGAAUUGUCUUGUGAUAAAAAAUAAAAUAAAAAAGUUUAUCGUGUUGUAAGAUUUUCUCAAUUUCAGCUUCUCCAACAGGCAGACAUUUUUUGAUGUUGUGUUGUCGCAUUAUCUAUUUUUCCCUCGACACACUCCAGUGUGUCAGUAACCAUGACAACCGGCUCCUAUCUGAAAUCUCCUGUGAGUUUGUCUGUCGUUAAAUAGAUUUUCCUGGGAGAGAGAUGAAGACUUGCAGACCCCAGCAUUCGAAAACAUCCGCGGAUUCGGACUGCUGUCAGCCAUGAUUGUUUCUCCUUUAUUUGUUGGUGUAGAGAUGAUGUGAGAGCGUUAGAGAGAGAAAAGGCUUUCUGACAGCUGCCAGUUGUGAUCUGGAGGGAAGCAUAGUCUCUGGCAUGCUCCAAAUGACACCAUAUUCCCUAUAAAGUUCAAUACUUUAGACCAGAGCCCAUACGGGUAUUGCACUAAAUAGGGAAUAGGGUGUAAUUUGGGAUGGAAUAUCUGAGUCAGCAGGACAUUAUGUAAGGGCUGUGCCCAGCUGUGUGAUCACCUGAUCCAGGCCCGUAGGGUGUUAUGACGUUAGAGUUACUGUCACCUUUCAACGCACUGUAGCCUCAUACAAUUACCUUGGGGGCAUAACUUAUUUUGGCCAGAGUUUGAAUGUUACACAUGCAUAAGUAUCAGUAGGCUAUGUGUCAUAUUCGGAAGUGGUCUCUGAAAGAUUACGUGGAUGAUUGAAUUUGUCAAAAAGAUUAUCCGACAAUCUCUAAACCAACAAUUGUCCCUUGGCUACAUAAUUCAGUUAUUCAUGCAGCUCCUUUCACUGUACUGUAUUAGGGCCCCAACUACUUUCACAUUUCCAUAUUGUGCUUAGAGGCUAACAUUCUGUACUUCCUGAUGUCCAGAGGAGCUCAACAACCUUGGUUCAUGGCAAGAAAUGAACUGCACAUUCUGACUUCUAACUAAAUCCCAACUGACUGACAAGCAAACAAACCUCUAUCCAUUCACAUACUACAUUUAAAUGGUUGAAUUGUGCUAUCCUUCUCUGAUUAGGACAGUCUACUGUAUUUAUUUACCAACCCUUCCUGGGCCUGGCAUACAAGACAUGAGGUUUGUUCAAAAGGGAUUCAAUAGCUGUGGUGUUUUGGGCCUCCAGAUUUUGUGUUGCUAUCUGAGAAGAGAACUGUGGCAGACAGUUUCUCUGCUUCACUGCUGCACUUUAACAUGCAAUGUUAUUUUAUAGUUCACUGUGGCAGUGUAGCUUCCACUCCCAUAUCAUCUGAAUCCCCAAGCCUCCACUGCUAACUCAGCAGAGAUUACACUUUAACAACCAUCCCUCUCCUCCUAGUACAUGCUAAUGCAGCGCUGGCUUUGCCUGCCAAUUCCUUUAUGGACUGUUGCUUAUAAAUGAUUGAAAAGUUUCUCCAGUAAAGUAUUCCAAAAGGGUAUGGUGCAGUGAACUGUCUUAACAGCCAAUUGAACGAUAGUGUAGACUGUAGGGUGUUGGUAGACCUACUGGUGCCACAACAGUAGAUCCCUGUCUUAGCUGUCACCUUCUCAACAGUAUGUUCUCCGAUGCAGCUCUUCAUUGACCCUGGUGGUAAAUCCUGAGCCUCCCAGACUGCAGCAGGUCUGUCUGUCUGCUAAAAGGACUAAAACUUGCUUUGUUCCAUGUCAUUAAUUUAAUCCCCUCAACGAAGCCUGUGUCUCAGAGAAUGCAUUAUGUGCUGUGAUUACACUGGGUGAAUUGCACCAGACCUCUUAAAUGAAAUAACAUCAGUGUUUGAUGAUUAUUCUGCAGGGAAAGGGGAUGGGGGAGGGGUGGGUACCUUUCCUCCCAGCUUAAUUGCCUGCUGAAAAAAAAAGAUGUGCCUGCUGGAAGAGAGGCCUCCUCUGCUGUAUCCACUACCCAGGAAUCCCUGGGGAUGUACAGAGCCGCAGAAAUGACCUGCUUCUCUCAAAUUGUAUUCUUUACUGCUGUUCCCUGGGCUGUUCAUUCAGCCAAUAGUGCCCCAUUUAUAGGUGUUUUCUCCUCAUUUUGUAUUAGAAUAAUUUAUACUUUGAUAUAUCCCGGAGCUCAAUUGUGUACCCUUAAAUAAGAUUUUAGGCCUUCUCACAAUACUCGAUAAUGAUCUUGCAUUGUCAAGAUCAUUUCUGAGAAACAACUUAUAAUCUGCUUCCUGUGUUCUGUGUUGUUUUACAGAGUGGCCUGAGUUUGUGAAGAACUAUGCUCCUUGGUGGGCAUCCCACACACUAGACUGGCUGCGUUAUGGGAGGAAUGUCCACGUGGUCCACUUUGAGGAGCUGAAGAGGGAGCUGUUCUCCAAGCUCAAGGGCAUGGUCCUGUUUCUGGGCCUGGAGGUGGCCGAGGAUCGCCUGCUCUGUGUAGAGGGACAGAAGGACGGCAAUUUUAAGCGCUCCGGCCUGCGUAAACUGGAGUAUGACCCGUACACACCCGAGAUGCGUGCUAGCAUUGACGAACUGGUCAUGACUGUAGACGCUGCCCUUAAGAAGAGGAACAUUGCCGGGGUGCCCAAGGAGUACCGACCGACUUCAAGAUGAUAUGAGUUCCUUUCCUUUUCCUCUCUCUCUCCCUUUCUCACUCUUCUUAUAGCCCUUCCCUUCCCACAUCGUUCUGGGAUUAAUGGCAUCUAUGUCCAAAAAGUCACAUGAACUGAAAAUCUAUGUGUAGGAAAUACAGUUGUAUUUAAAGCACUUCCCUGUUCCCCUCCACCUCUUUAUUUGUCUCCUUCUUUCGCACAUCCCUUUUCUUUAUUAGUUUAACUGACAGACACACAACCAUAUUGAUUAGGACAACAGCAUCAUACUGUAUACUGCUUUAGAAAUGACAUUUAGCUACUUGGCUGAUGAACAUGCAUUCAUUGGGGAACUCAAAUAAGGACCAAUGAGAAGCACUUCCCCCUCUAUGCACAUGUAUGUGUUGUGCACUAUGACUUAACAUGAAGGUACAGUAGCUGUGUUGGAAGCACAUCCAAGUACAUAAUGGCUGGAUUACUGUCAACUGACCUCAAGGAGCAAAGUCCUGCUAAUCUGAAAUUGAUGAUUAAAAAGAACUGUAAGAAGUCUAUUUCUAUGCAUAAUGUAUGUUAUCGAAUAGGAUCUGCUGCUAUCACAGAUUAGAAUAACAAAUACUCUUUCAUGAAAUGGGUUAAAAAUGGUCACAAAACAUUUUAAUGGUCUGUCAUUUUCAACUAAAUGUUUUGUUUUGUUAGAGAGACGACAAAUGCUAUAUGUAUACUUCUGUUUGCUGAAUACUGUAUGUUUGAAAGCUACUGGACUUAAAAUGAGGAUGUGGUCCAAACUGUUCUAAAUGUGACUUGGUUGGCGAAAGCAACCAACCAAGCAACCAAUUGCGAAAGCAACGAAGGCCUAGAUUGAAUCAGAUAAAGAGUUAACUGGCAAUAGCAGACACACAAAUAGCGGAUGAUUUGGCGAGUCAGAGGUGGAACUGCAUUGGAG